AUGCAGAGUGAUCCCUCCCAAAGGAACUUGAACUUAAUGAGCAAGUAUAAUGGCACGCAUGGUCAUAGAACGGAAGAUUGCAGACAGCUAAUGGAGGAGGUGGCUAGGUUAUUCAAUGAGGGUCACCUUCGAAAAUUCCUAAGUGACCGAGCUAAAAAUCACUUCAGGGAGAGGGACGCAGGAAGAAAGAAUGAACCCGAAGAACCUCAACAUGUCAUCCACAUGAUCGUCGGUGGAGUCUACGUUCCACAGGGACCAAUUUUCAAACUUCAAGUUCAACAUGUUCUCGGUGAUCGAGGUAGUUCAGCAAAUAUAAUUAGGUCAAGGGUCGUGGAGCAGCUCGGGCUGCUUGAUCAGAUCAUACCAGCACCUCGGGUCUUGAAUGACUAUAACAUGGCAAGUGAAACAAUAUUGGGAGAAAUCAUCCUUCUAGUCAACGUGGCCGGAACCGUACAAGAAACCAAAUUUCAUGUCAUCGAAGGUGACAUGAGCUAUACUUCUUUGCUUGGAAGGCCGUGGAUCCACAACAUGAGGGCAGUGCCAUCCACCGUUCAUCAGAUGAUGAAGUUCCCAACCGAAGGAUGGCAUGAAAACAAUAUAUGGAUAGCAGCAUGCAGCGAAGGAAAUGUUUUCAGUGCACGACUUGGCACCAGUAUCGGCAUCAUCUACGUCGAAAAAAUCGAAGGAAGAUCAGGUGGCAAAAUAGCAUUUACAGUCCGUGUCUUCGGCUGA